AUGGAGCUGGAGAACGUGACCAAAAUCUUCAGAGAUGUAGCUGAAAAAGUCUAUUUGUUCUGUUCGUUCGCGGACAGCCCACACCUCCCAGUCCGAGCAUCUGUGGAAGAAGCGGGGCUGAAAUACAAGAGGCAUUACCCUGUGAACAGCUCUGCCUACUUCGCCAAGAAUGAAGAAUAUGAGAAAGAUAAGCUGAGAGAAGUGACGAAGGCGGGAUCAAUCAACGAGUUCCUGUCGAAGAUGACGAUGGACAGCAUUCGCAAUUUCUUCAAGGAUAUUCAGAAGAAUACCCCGAUUCUUUACAUAUUAUGGAGCAGACUAGGAAAAUCUAUGCUGGUGGAGGUGAUGGGGAAUUACGGACUGGGAGUGAGUUUCCGGGAUCCCUAUCGAUUCCGGGUGAAGGUGGAAGGACGGACACGUGAAAUAGUUUCGCACACCUUUUACACCAGAGACGAACGAAGGUUCCCCCAAGCUGUUACUCUCAUCGAAACCCCGGGCUUCUUCGAGUUUGAGACCGGAAUGAACCAAUUGUUAGCGGGAUACAUCCCCCAUUUCAUCCGCAUGAACGGACUGGGCAUCCACGCCAUCGUUUAUGUCGUUCCAUGCUCUCAGCACAAUAACGUCGGCAUAAUCACCAACGAGUUUGUAGAGGACUUCCUGGUGGUGGAGGCGAUGGGGAAUUACGGACUGGGAGUGAGUUUCCGGGAUCCAUAUCGAUUCCGGAGGAGUUUGCUGACGGGAGAAAUUUCUGCGCUUUCGCAUAUGGUCCAAGUCUUCGCAGGUGAAGAGAGAGUCGAAGAGGUCUCCUACAUGUUCCUCACAUUUCCGGACGGGAAACUCCAUUCCAUCCUAGAAUCCGCGAAAGAUGCAGAAGAAUGGUCCUACAUGUUCCUCACAUUUCCGGACGGGAAACUCCAUUCCAUCCUAGAAUCCGCGAAAGAUGCAGGUAUGAGAAGCAAGAAGAUUUUCUCCAUCGACUGCUCCUCUUACUUUGCCCAGAAGAAUGGAGACAAUGCAGGACCUUCCACCAAUUACGACGAAAAAAAGGGGAAAGAGUCCAAAAAAGGGUCAACCGACGAAUUGCUGUUUCACAUCACUACAAAAAAGAUUAAGAAAUUCCUGAAGGAAAUUCAAGGGAAUGAACCCAUUUGUAUUUCGAAACCUCCUCACCUCAUGAGAAAAGAGGAAGAGAAGGUCGAGGAUGUGGAAGCAGGAAUGCAGUCCAUGGAUUCGGGUUAG